AGAAUGAAACUCGCGGGUGUUCAUACAAGAAGACUAAACAGACGGGUUAAACUAUAAAAUCCGUUUGUUAAAUCACGUGGCAAAUCGAGAGGCUCCGACAGUUGAGUUUAGUUCGGUUCGGUUCUUUCAAGGGAGCAAGAUCGAGUUAAAAAUGGCACAGCCCACCAAAGAGCCAUGCAAGAAAGAGGCUUGCGAUAUUCAAGCUUGUCUCACCAAAAACAACUUUCUCCCUCAAAGGUGCCAGAAGGUUAUCGAGUCUCAGUCUUGCUGUGAGAAGUGUAAUUAUGACUCAACGCAUUGUGCUUCGGUGUCUGGCCUUCUGAAGCAAAUAGGGAAGAGAUAG